GGUGACACCGCCUGGUUGCUGUAUGACACAUACGGUUUCCCCCUGGAUCUCACUGCCCUAAUCGCUGAGGAGAGGGGGAUGAUGGUGGACGUUGCUGCUUUUGAGGAGGAGAAGAAGGCUGCCCAGGUGAGAGUGGAGAAAUGGAGACCAGUAGAAAAGAUAGAGCCUUGGAUUGGCAUGGGAGUUGAUGUGGAUUUUUUAAUUUGCCUGUAGAGGUUGGAAAUGUACUGCUUUGUGAAUGUACACAGACAUGAAUGCUUUCCUCUGUCAGCAUUUCUCAGUCAGUAUUGCACUAAGUGAGUAGUGCCUUGCUCUGCUUAUUAGAUAAAUCAGUAUUUACAAGACAUUACAGCUCCAUUACUUGCAGUGUUAAUUCAUACUGAAAAGCUCCUUUCCACAUUGGAGUGAAGGUCAAAAUCACUUCAAUAAUGUAAUAUGAUAUCAGUGCUAAGCAUGCAAGUUGGCUUUCUAUCUAAAGAAUGAGUAUGAUGUUUCCGCAUAAUGAAUGACUGAUUCAUCAUUGGAGUGAAGUUAGUUGCAGGUUUUUGCAAUGGAAAUAGAACAGAGAUUGGGAUAAGGCUGUCUCCUCCAUGUCCCUCCCGCUCAGAUUAAGUCCCAGGGGAAGGGCUCUGGGGAUGAGGACCACAUCAUGCUGGACAUCUAUGCCAUCGAGGACUUACGCAACAAGGGCAUCGCUGCUACUGACGACACACUCAAGUACAGCUACAGUGCUGACGACAGCGGCAACUAUGGUGAGAGACCCAAAUAAAAUAAACUCAGUUUUAUUAACCAACUCAAAGAUUGUUUGCUUGGUAUUUAUUCAAAUCACUUUCUUGCUUGUGUCUGUUUUAAUCCCUGUAUAUUUCUCUGUGGUUGUCCCAGAGUUUGAGCAGGCUGUGGGCACGGUGCUGGCUCUGAGGAGGGAGCGUGCCUUUGUGGAUGAGGUGACGACAGGGCAGGAGUGUGGGGUUCUGCUGGACAAGACUUCAUUCUAUGCUGAGCAGGGAGGACAGAGCUUCGACGAGGGCUACAUGCUGAGAGAGGACGACUGUGUAGAUGAUGUAAGGACCUACAUGGAAGACAGGCCACUCUUUUUCAGUUGUAAAAGCCAUAUUAGACAUGAAUGUUGGCGGCAGGUAGCCUAGCGGUUGAGAGCGUUGGGCCAGUAACUGGAAGGUCGCUGGUUUGAAUCCCCGAGCCCACUAGGUGGAAUAUCUGCCGAUGUGCCCUUGUUCCUGUAAGUCCCUCUGGAUAAGAGCGUCUGCUAAAUGACUAAAAUGUAAAUGGAAUGUUAUUCUCUGUCUCCUUCUUACCACAUGUUACUCCCUUCCUCAGAGGAUGGAGUUCACAGUGAAGAACACUCAGGUUCGGGGUGGAUACGUGCUGCAUGUAGGAACGGUUUACGGCACUCUGAAGGUUGGAGAUCACGUCAUUCUGCACGUGGAUGAGGUAAUGCAUCACUCAAAAGUACAUUUUAAUGACUCAAUGUCGAUAUUUUCUUAACUGACUUGGUAUUUAUAGAAAUUGAUUGCAUCUCUGUCUAUUAUCCAACCUCCACCCCCUCUCUCUCAGGCUCGUCGUAGGCCCAUCAUGAGUAACCACACUGCCACCCACAUCCUGAACUUUGCCCUGCGGGAGGUCCUGGGAGAGGCUGACCAGCGUGGCUCCCUGGUGGCUCCUGACCGCCUGCGCUUUGACUUCACCGCCAAAGGUGCUCUGAGCACAGAAGAGGUGCGACGCACAGAGGAGAUUGCCUGCGCCAUGAUCCGCGACGCAAAGGUGAGAGGUCAUAGGUCAUAGGUCAUUGAAAGUGUGAGUAGGGGUAUGUUCAUUUCUGUUUGAUCAAGUGUUGUUUUUACACUGAGCUCUUUGGUUUCUGGUGUUAUUGAUCUCAGGCCUGUUGUCUAUUGUUUUAUUUGAGUAUUCCUUGACUGUUUCCUUGCCUUAUUGUACCUUAACAUUCUGUCUCGUCUCCUGUUUUCUUUUAUACAGUAUGUCACCCCAAGGCUCCUGUCAUCCUUUUCUCCUCCUCACAGAAUGCACUGUUUUCAAGCGUGUAUUACCAAGUCACGACAUCAGCUCUUUCUCUGUCUCUCUACAGCAUGUCUAUGCCAUGGAUACCCCCCUGGCAGCAGCUAAAGCCAUCCAGGGUCUGCGUGCUGUGUUUGAUGAGACCUACCCUGACCCGGUGCGCGUGGUGUCCAUUGGUAUCCCCGUGGCUGACCUCCUGGCUGACCCCAGCAGCGCUGCCGGCUCCCUCACCUCCAUUGAGUUCUGCGGAGGAACGUGAGUACACAGCUCACCUUGGUUGCAGUUACUUUGCAAAGUUACAACUCAUGAUUCAGAAAUACAGAGAUGUUGUUUGAGAAUUUACUGUGAGAUUGUUGCUCGGUUGUAUUCCGUACAUUCUGUCUGAAACUUCAGGCACUUGCGGAACUCUGGCCAUGCUGCACCUUUUGUCAUUGUGUCAGAGGAGGCCAUCGCCAAGGGAAUCCGCCGUAUCGUUGCAGUGACAGGAGCAGAGGCACAGAAGGUGAGAGGACAGAACUGUUCCCAACCGUUACUGGAUGCUUGACAUUUGUGUUUGUCAUUAUACUUUUGUAAAAUGUUCACAUCAAAUUGUAUUAGUCACAUACAUGUGUUUAGCAGAUGUUAUUGCAGGUGUAGCAAUGCUUGUGCUUCUAGUUCCGACAGUGCAGUAAUAUCUAACAAGUAAUAUCUAACAAUUUCACAACAUAUACCCAAUACAGAGUAAGGAAUGGAAUUAAGAAUAUAUACAUAUAUGGACGAGCAAUGACAGAGCGGCAUGGACUAAGAUACAGUAGAAUAUUAUAGAAUACACUAUAUACAUAUGAGAUGAGUAAUGCAAGAUAUGUAAACAUUAUUAAAGUGACUAGUGGGUGAUGAUCGGUAUACGUAAGACUCUUUCGUAACCGCUAUUUACUCAACGGUAACUAUUUUGUGCUCUAACGUUAACUUGAAUCCCAUCCCCUCCCUGCUCUGUUCAGGCCCAGAGGAAAGUAGAUGCUCUGAGACAGUCUCUGUCUGCUCUGGGGGAGAAGGUGAAGGUUCAGACCGCCCCCAAUAAAGACGUGCAGAAGGAAAUCGCUGACAUGACAGAGGUGAGAGCUGUCGCAGAACAUCCAGCCCUUAAUGAGCUGUGUCUGUCUGUGUGUUUACUUACUAUGUCUCUGUUCUGUGUUGUUGCAGUUUCUGGGCAUGGCAGUGAUCUCCCAGUGGCAGAAGGAUAAGAUGAGGGAGGCCCUGAAGGGCUUGAAGAAGACCAUGGAUGACCUGGACCGUGCCAGCAAGGCUGACGUCCAGAAAAGGGUAAGAGAGAGGGGCCAGACAUGGGGUUUUGGGGGGGUUGGUGGAGGUUUUUUUUACUGGGUGAAGGGAUACUACAUGUCAUAGAAAUUGAUGUGCUAUGUAGUUGGGGAGUAUGCAGGUCAUUCUAUAUGAAUGGUGCUUUCCUAAUGUUCUCUGGUUCAGCUGGUCUUUCAUUGCUAUAUUUUCUCUGCUUCCCCUCCCCCAGGUUCUUGAAAAGACCAAGGAGAUGAUUGACAGCAGCCCUAACCAGCCGCUGGUAGUCAUGGAGAUGGAAAGUGGAGCCUCUGCCAAGGUAACAACUAGGGCUGUGGCGGUCACAAUUUUGUCAGCCGGUGAUUAUCAAGCAAAUAACUGUCGGUCUCAAAGUAAUUGACCGUUAGUUAACAUAAACACGUUUAGCAUCUCCUGGCUUCCACACAUAGCCUACAAGCCACUGAUGCAGACCUUUGGAACAUCUACAUUUAAAAAAGUCUAAUAGAUCCAUGUAAUAUAGCCUACACCUUCACAAUAAAUCCAUUAUUUAUUUUAGACAGGUCUAAAGAAACAUGAUAUGAAGAAAAUGUAGUCUAUUUCAGAAGAACAGAAUAGCAUACUCUGAGUUGUCCUUAUGUUAGGUCCUGAUCUAGCUGUGCCAUAUGGCUGUGGUCUACACUAAUUCAUUUACAGACAAGAUUUGCUUAGAAUUCCGUGCCAUUAUUUUAUAGUAUGAAGAAUACAAUUGAACAAAGCUGAAUAAAAUAUAAAUAUUUUCUCCAAACAUUUGAGGGAGUGCGCACAUGCGGCUAUUCUGUGUUGUGCGAUUAACAAAGAAUGCAUGAAGGAACUCUAAUGAUGAUUGGAAAAAAGUAGCUUGAAAGGCAUGAGCUCAGCUUUUAUUUUUUGCGCAGGUUUUUUGCGCGGUCUCUCAUUCACAAUUUGAGAAGCACUUGAUAAUGUCUCGAAUUUCCCUGCGGCAUCCCCUUUGUGGCCAUAAUGCACCCUAAAGAAAUACAUGCCUUUUGCAGCCUUUCUCCCUAAAUGCUGCCCACUCCGAAGCACCUCUCAUCUCACUCACACAGUUCUCCAUCACGUGAUCGGGUCUUUCUCACAGGCUACAAGUGAAGACAGACAUAUCGGGGACGCAACUGCGUGCGUCCUUAUCCAAUUACACAUGUACUUUUCGUCAGCCAACAAGAUGAGUGGGCCUAAUGAACAGCAAAAGCACUAGCCUAUGUCAAUCUACUAUCCCCCAUACUAUAAAAGUUGACCUAUUCUGUGCGAGAUAUAAAUAUUCCAAACAUAGACUGGGACAGUUGUGGGAUGUGAUAGAUCCCAAAUUAGUACAACCACUAGCAUCAAAAAAAAGUUUUUACGCAAUGAGGCUGACGCAUCAGAUCAGAACGUUUAGCUUAAAAUGUUGAUAAACGAUUAGGCUAUUUCUUCACAUAAUAAGCGCAGCAAGGCGCACACGUCAUCUCUGCACUUAAAUAGCGAAUGGAGGAUGCUUUUCCUGUGGUUCAUUUUCAUGCCAGCCAGGUAGGCUGUACUCCUGUUGUAAAGAUAAGCUUAAUAUUUGCAUAAUAUUAGGAAAGUUGAGAAAUAAAUAUAGUAGGCGUAGCCUAUAGAAAGCUGAAGGGAUCCUCCUCUUUUUAAUAGAGGUCAUCACUGUUUUCUCACGCAAUUGCAUAGCCUAUAGAAUUGUUGCGCAACAUGAGCUCUUGGGCUCUCAUGAUCACAUUUGCAUUGAUGUCAGAGUGAUUAGAGGGACAAUAGAGUGCUGAGUACCAGGCAGUUCGCAAGUUUGGUAGGCUACUAAUGACCAUCAGCAGCAUCAGAGCUUGGAGAAGCCUAAUUACCGUGACUAAACGGUCAGGUGAAAUUUGACUGCCUUCAUGACUCAUGACCGCCGUUGUGACGGUAAUACGGUCACCGCAACAGCCCUAGUAACAUCAUCAUCCUUUUAUCUUCUCUACAGCCAAUCCUACCACUGUGGAGAAUUACAACACACCGCGGCACAGAUUGUCAUCCCUAAGUUUGAAUCAAAAGUGUAAUUAGACUGAAAUAUAUAGUCUAUUUUCUAACCCUGUCACUGUGUAUUUCUCUGUCACAGGCUCUGAAUGAGUCUCUGAAACUGCUGAAGACCAACUCCCCCCAGACUGCUGCUAUGCUCUUCACAGUAGACAACGAUGCUGGAAAGAUAAUCUGUUUAUGCCAGGUGCCCCAGGUAAGCCAUUCGCUCAACCUACGUGUGUUUGCAUUCAUGCACACUAUAAUUCACAGAUUAGCUCCUUGUUUGUGCGUAAUGCAAUAACCUGCAUUUUUUUGUUGGGAUAGUAUCUUAUCUUUUGACUCUCUCCUCUACCAGGAUGUUGCCAACCGGGGCCUGAAGGCCAGUGAGUGGGUGCAGGAGCUCUGCCCUCUGAUGGAUGGCAAGGGUGGUGGCAAGGAUAUGUCUGCCCAGGCCACUGGCAGGAACACACACUGCAUAGAGGAGGCACUGCAGAUGGCCAACCAGUUUGCCCAACUUAAACUGGGUGAAAAUUAAUAGAGGACGACGAGGAGGCUGGGGUGUGGUGAAGGAUUAUGGGGAAAGACCCCUGGAUCCAACCCCACCAUCCCCACUGGAAUGUUCCAGCUCUGUUCUCUGUGUCUCUGAACUGGACGUUCCAGAAAAUUGUAUAGGAACAUUCACCCAUAGGAACAUUCACCCAUCCAAAGGUUAGAAAGGAAGCAGAUACAAUAGCCCUCUUUCUCUGAAAGGGAGAUGCAUCUGCAAUUUAUGGAGGAUACCAUGGUUUUCAUCCAUGCACAAUUUGAUGGCUCUCUGCAAGAUCUGUGUGGUCGAAGGAGGUCACUCUGAUUAGGUGAUCGAAUGAUUGAUAGGAUGUGGGGGGUAGCAUCCUCAUACACCUAUCUGAUCUGUCCUGUAGUAGAUAGUAUUAGUCCUCCAUCAUCCCAUCUUCCUCCACCUUUUAACUAAUGAUGGAAAUACUCAACGGUAAACUGCUUCAGUUCAUUGCUUGUUUCUCUCUAUUUCAUUGGCCUCUCCAUGUCAUUGCGUUUGUGUCUCACUUCCCCUCCAUGACUGUGGAGCGAUGUGGUCUCUGCAGACUGGCUUUCCUGGCAGUUGUAAUGUACAUUCACAACAGUAACCUUGGCACCAGUCAGCGCCACCAGCUGUGUAACAGUCUUAUUGUCUGACAUCUCAAUAUUAAUGUAGUCAAUUAAUAAUGAAUUAAAUAAAUGGAUGACAUGACAUUGUCAGUUUGGUGAAAUGCAUUUUAUUGGCACUUAUGAAUGCAUUGUGAUGUCCAUGUCUGAUGCAUUCCAUGUUGUGGAAUAAAAAUACUGAUAACACUUGAUUUCUACUUCUACUAGUAUUUAGAUCUCUCGUCUCCUGUAGUUUAUGGGCGAUGGUAAGAUUAUCUAUUUGUCUGAUUCCAGGUAACGAUGUCCAGCAUUAGUACGGGGCUGACGUGUUGCAAGUGCUCUUUUACUGCCCCACUGUAGAAAAUACC